CGCUGCUUUUUUCACACAUUCAGGUAUCGGAUUGACAUAGCUCCAGCGCUUCCACUUCAGCGAUCUCCACCAGCAAGACGUCGAAGUCUACCUGCGUUCAGUCCAGCUACAUUUCCCCCUCGAAGCUCCGAGCUUGACGCUGCAGUGCUUGGAACGACCACCUGGCUGAACUGAUGAGCGGAAACUCCUCUCCAAGGACUCGCUCUGCAAAGCGCGGUCCCUCCAACUUUGGUCCUACUGAUCCUGCCGAGGCUUCACUCUCUUUACUGGUCUGGGUCUCCGCCCCCUCUCAGUCGUCCUCAAGCACGGGAGAGAAGCUGGUUCAGCUGAGCAAAGCGCCUCUUUUGAUUCGAGAUGUGCCCCAGGUCAGAAGAAAGCUGACCAAACGCGACAGCAAGAAUCUCAAUCAUGGAACUUCGAGCGGAUUCAUUGAAGGAAGCGAGGGGAGGACAGGCUCGCCUGCGGGAACAUCGACUCAGCAUAGUGCCGCAGCAUGGGCGAAUGCCGGGUCUUCUCAUGUCGGGGCCAACCUGGGCAGCAUCCCCACCGCGCAAUUAGAAGCCGAGUCUCUGAUCACUUCAGCCAGAGCAGUGAGCCAUGCUUCUGCCAACGUGGAGGGUGUCAGCAGCUCUCGGAAUCCCCUCAGCUUUGUCAAAAGUAAGCCGGGCUGGCUCAAGGAAAAGUCAAGUCGUUCGAGGCUCACAAUGCCCUCCGGCGUUGAUUCGGCCAUGCUCGGCGGGAGCACGUCCAGCCUCAAUCCUCCAAUGCUGCCAGGCGGCGUGGGUUCGCUGGGAAAUGCAGGCAGCUCGGUGGCAAGCAAUCGCGGGUCGGGGUGGAGGAGAGGCACAGCUAUUUUUCGAGAGGACGGGGUGUUGAGCAUCUAUGGCGAGGAUCGCGCUCUGCUCCACUCUAUACACGCCCCAUCUUUGCGAGCGAGCGACGUUCGCAAGGUCGACGAUUCCCUAUUCGCCCGGCCUCACGUGCUGGGCAUAUUUGCUAGUCCCUCCGUGUUCAGUUUGACUAGCGCCAAAUCACCGAGAACGCCAAACACAUUCGUCAGCGCAACCACACCGAGCACGCAAGGUCGGGAUGAGCCAGUCUACCUCUGCUUUCCCUCACUGACGAAGCUGGCUCGAUGGAGAGCUGUUCUGCGAUUGUACGCUCAACCAGAGGUGUAUGGGCCUCUUGGCACGGUAAACGGCACCCAUCGAAUCCACAGGCAGAUCGACAUGAGCAUAUUUGAGGCUCGGUUCAAGAGCGCUACAUAUGCCAAUUCUUCUUCAGCAGAGCAUCCAGGCGGCGGCGGGCGCAUGUUGCGCCAUCUCGCGAGCAGUUCUGGCCACGGCUUGACCCACGUCACAUCGAGCUCAGCCGGCCAGCGAUGGGGACAGUUCAACGGUCAAGACGCUGCCAAAAUGUCUUCCGACCAGCAGACGUCAAGGACAUCUGGUGCUACGAGCUCACGGGCAAGCGAAGGAGGUGCUCCGACCACGUCUCACUCGGCGGUGUCAAUGCAGCCAACGCGCUCCAGCUCGUCCGACAGCCACUCUGCCCAUGGACACUUUGGCGUCGCGCGACACAGUAGCAGCUCAUCGCCAGCCCCUAGUGCUCGCGUGAUCGUAGAAAGCGACGAGGAAGGGUGCGAUGGUGCUGCGGACAAGAGUAUGGUGACAGGAGGGGAAGAGGACGAGGAUGAUGGAGAAGACGAAGUCGAUGGCGUGCAAAGCGGACCCAUAAGCGGCUUGGCUGGAGCUGCGCGUGCAGCUGCCAUUUUCCCAGGCGCGGACACUUGGAAUACGGCUGCAGCUACAGAGAAUCUCAAGAGCAAAAAGAGAACUUUGAGACCUCCGCGCAGAAUCAUGGGAUCGGCGGCAGGCAUCGGCUUGGGUAGUGCUGGUCUCAGUCCUACCGAAGUAAACUCCUAUAGGCAUAGCGCAAGCAACACGAACUCAUCAGCUCAGCCUCCUUUCACGGCGUGCUAUUGCUUGCUCUUUUUGAGCGGCCUGGUGGCCGCGCGCACGAAGGUCAAACACGCACCGAACGGCGGCUUUACCUGGGCAGAGAAGUUCGUCUUGACAGAUUUGCCAGUGCUGGAUGCGCUGCAGAUCGACGUCAUGACUGCAACUGGCAAUCCACCGAGCCGGGCUGCAGGAAGCAGUACUUCAACAAACGCGAGCUCGGGACAGAGCCUAAAGUAUUCGCUGACGGGAUCCGUCGAUCUGCCGAUCAACACGAUGCGAAGAGGUGAAGAUAUUGAUGGCUGGUUCCCGGUUUGGGCCCAGCGUCUGGACGACGCGUAUGGCAGUGACAAAUAUGCGCGCCUUGACAUGUCUUACGGAAGGGAAAUGAUUGGGGAGGUCCACCUCAAGGUCCGCGUCCGCGAAGAAAUCAUCCUACCGCGGGUCCAGUACGCCGAGAUAGAAAAGGCGCUUAACCGGCCUGGCUGUGUGCCAUUCGUUCAAGCUCUCGCAAAAGAGCUGGACGAUUCGCAGCUCAUUCCUCAUCUUGUAGAUGUUUGGACCAGCUCCCAAACGAUUGCUGAUCGUAUUGGAGACCUUGCAGAUGCAGAGAGCGCUUCGCAAGGAGGCAGACUCGAGACUGAGUUGCUGUUCAGAGGAAACACGCUGCUCUCCCGAAGUCUAGAUCAAUUUCAGAGACUAUAUUGCUCAGACUGGCUAGAUGCUUCUAUCGGGCGUAUGGUCCGUCGUAUCUGUACAGAGCGCAUCUGGCUCAACCCUGAUGAUGACAGAGAAGCAACGACACUGCAAGCGGUCCCGUCGGCAACAAUGCAGACUGCAGGCCCGCCACUCGCUAGCUCAGCCCUUACCAGAAGCGCAACAUCCCACUCCUGCGCGAGCGGCGACAACUCCCAAGGAUCGAUCAACACCCCCGCCACGCCGGUCUUGAGUACCGUUGAGCGCCUCAAACGACUUUCCAUACAAAUGUGGGACAGCAUCUAUGGCAAUCGCCAUGCUUGUCCACCGGAUCUGCGCCGCGCGCUGUUCCACAUUCGCACAACUGUCAAUGCUCGUUUCGCUGGACAUGCCAACGUCAAGCCGCCAGGACCAGGCUUUCAAGGCGUGGGUGCAUUUGUCUUUCUGAGAUUGAUCUGUCCCGCUAUCACGUCGCCAAAUCUUUAUGGCCUUACAGCGACGGCUCCCGACUCUCAGAGCCACAAGACGCUGAUGCUCGUCGCCAAAAUGUUUCUCGCCUUGGCGAACAAACGACCUGCUUUUGACAAGGACAAGGAGCCUUGGCUGGUGCAGGCUAGCGACUUUCUUCGGAACCAAGCCGCAACAUACGACGACUACAUCACAGCAGUGUCGACCUUGCCACCACAAGCCGCGCCCGAAAAGCUGACUGCGCUCGGCGACGACGAAGACUUUGCACUUCAACGCGCCGCGCAAGCACGGACGGUAGGACUCUCGGUCCUCCAUCGAGAGUCUAUUCCAACUCCAACCUACCUGCUGGACAGACCGUUGGCGCUUGCUUCGCUAGUCUCGUAUGUGGUUCGGACGUUGCACAUGUCUCGCUUCGAUGUCGACCGAAUGUCAAGUCUAGGAAAGACGACAAGCGUAGAGGAAUUAGGCAACGCUGGCGUCGACGAAGCGCUGGAUGCAUUCAUUGAUGCUUGUUGCAAUGCCGAGGACGAGGCGGGCUACGUUGUGGACACAGCUGGCAUCGACCCAACGCCUAUCGAUCUGCAAGUAGAUGGAGCCAGCGUCCACUCUGGAACAUCAUCUUCCAUUUCAAUCGGCACUAGCACUGCGCGAAGCAACCUAGGAGCACCCAGCUUUGGCAGCGGUAGCAGGACUGCCACGCUGCGUGAGACAGAGUCAUUCAACGAUCAGCAGUACAAUAACAACAAACUCGCAUCAUCCUUCGGCAGAUCGCGACGAGCUACGGUGUCUGCAGUCACUUCUAGAGCCGAGCGAAGGAAUGGGAGAGCGUCACCUGCGCUUCCCAGCCACGAUCAAGUCUCUACUUCCAUUGGAGGCGACCAAUCGGAUGACGAAUUGCGCGCAGCGUACCAGACUUUUCGCGAGACGCCGCUGCAAUCGCUGGGUGGCGGCGCGUACAACAAUGAUCGACGACACUCUGCCAAUGUUGCAGGAGGCUACAAUAGCACGCAAGAUGACGGCGGACCAGACCCAACCACCUCACAAACUGACGGCUUGGAUACCCAAUCAUCGACUCACACUUCAUCCACAACUGGCGGUGGCGCAGCUAGAAUGACGUUGAGCGAAGCGUUGGGCGACGAAUUUGUCGACAGGGUCAACAACGAUAAAGCUUCGAGCUCCGCUCACCGAGGCGGCAGCGAUCAAGGUGCCCAUGCAGAUGUGUACGACCUCUCGGAUGUCGGCCGAGCUCUCUCGAGCGAAAGUCACUCCUCACCCAACCCACGCAUUGGUGAUCAUGGCCUGGUGUCUACGCCGAGCAGCGCGAGCAAACGCCGAAAAAGUUGGUGGAAGCGCUAGUCUUGCGCACGCAGCGCCUUGGCGCAGCUGUCAAGAUGACAAAGAGUGUGGUGGGAGAAUUACCCGUCCGUGCAAUCUCUGUUCCCCUCUCUCUGCCCUUUACAAUCUGCUAUUGCUUCGUGCUUCACCUCUCUGUACUUAGAAUGUGCUGCUUCCGCCAUACGAAAUGGAUGCCGCUUGUCAUCAG